AUGUGGCAGCGCUCGCCAACCCGACUGACUAUGGACCCGAAGACGGGCUGCGAGACGGACGAGCAAGCUGUGCGGGUGCAGGGCCUGUCUGGAGACUUCUGCAGUCCCAAGUGCGAUAGCCAGGGAAGCUGCAGCGACGUGACGGUCGACAAGGCCACUCCAUCUGAAGAUGCAGGCGUUGCACAGCAUCAGAACUUGCUUGCGCGCAGGCGCAGGCAGGGCUCGUUUCCGAGCAAGGCCGCUGCUUGGAUCUCCUGCGCAGGAAGACAUUCAACUUGGGCAAGCUUCGGCAUGCGACCCGCAAUUUGGACUCGCGUGCCAGCCAGAAUUCUUCGCAAGGAAACUGUAAGCUGGAAGGUCUCGCGAGGGAUGUGCCGUUGGCCCUCACGAUCCCUCUUCGGACCCCGAAAUGUGCUCAGCCGCUGUGAGCCACGGAUGCGCGGGAAGUGCGUUUCAUACUGGCAAGGACAUGUGGCAUAA